UCAGAUAAGAGUAGAGCAGGGGGAUGAGUGUGCUUUCACGGAGGGGUGAGUUGAGGGAAGCCCCUCUGGCAGUCCUAGGGGGAAGCCAAAUCAAGGCUCUACUCCUAGAGUAAAUUAGUUAGUGUCAAGUUCUGAUGUCAGUGAGAAGUGGAGUGUGUAAAUUGUAAUGCGAGCGCUGUUGCGCGGAGCACUCUACUGUGCUUUGUGGUACGGCAGCAUCGUCGCUGGAUUUUUAUUCAUAGCAUGCCCACUUUUGCCUGUAUUACUGCUGAGCCCUAUAAGAUUUCGAAAAUGUGCAGAUUUGCUAUUCUCAUGUUGGGAACUUUAUCCAACGGGAUUACUCGAGUUAUUCGGUGUAAAGAUUCUGGUAUCCGGAGAUCACAUUUCCCCUUAUGAAUCAGCCAUUCUUGUUAUGAACCAUCGAACCAGAGUUGAUUGGAAUUUCCUAUGGGCAGCAAUGUACCAGGCAUGUAUGCCAGAAGUUGCUGCUCAUAAAUUAAAAUUCAUUCUUAAAGACCCCAUUCGACAUAUUCCAGGGCCAGGGUGGGUGAUGCAGAUGAACGGCUUCCUUUACAUAACGCGACACUGGGAGGAAGACCGAGGACGUUUGUCAAACUCACUGAAUUAUUUAGUGGCGCUAGGCAGGCGUUGCCAACUUUUAAUAUUCCCGGAAGGGACAGAUUUGACUCCAAAUAGCAAAGAAAAGUCAGACAACUACGCAACCAAACAUGGUUUGCCAAAAUAUCACUACACGUUGCAUCCAAAAACAACCGGGUUCAGUUACUUGGCACGUCAUCUUCACCAGGCUCAGUACCUUGAUGCUGUUUACGAUCUGACAAUAGCAUAUCCUGACUAUGUACCACAAUCAGAGGUGGAUCUAGUAAGGGGAAAAUUACCUAAGGAAGUCCAUUUCCACGUCAAGCGUAUUCCUGCUUCCGAUGUUCCAAUGGAUGACUUGAUGCUGCGACAGUGGCUGGAGAAGAGGUGGCAUCAAAAAGAAACAACUCUCAAAGAAUUCUCCAAAGAGAAAGCUUUUCCAGCUAAAGUGUGGCCAAUGGCUUCUUCAUUGCCUCUGAGAGCGGCUAUUGGAUUUUGGAGUUUGCUAACAGGUGCAACAAUCUUGUUGCUCAUUAUUUCUCCGUUAUUUCAACUAUGGGCUUUGGUACAUUCAGCUUUAUUUGUUGCCCUCUCCUUGUUCAGCACUGGUUUCAAUCAAAUUGAAAUGGGAUGGUAUUGGCGCUGGAAAACUCAAAGUUAAGAAAACGUAUUUGGGUAUAAUAGCAUUGUGAGCAGAAUUUUUUUUUUUCAUCUGCGGAAAACUUGGUGCCACAACAUUCUAUGUUGCACCAUGAUGAAACGCAGAUGACUACAGAGGCAAGUAGAUGUCACUAUAAAUUUUUCUAAAUUGCGAGCUAUCUCCUGAACUCUAUCACUAUUCAAUCAGAUUGAAAUGUUUUAAUUGUUAGCAGGCACUAGGUUUCGCAUUCUAAGAAACAGUAACAAGGUGUGAGAAAAUUCGUAAACGCAUAUGAUGUUUAACUACAUGGAAUAAUAUGCAAACACUUGCUACGAAACGUUAUUUUUCUUAAUUAAUGGCUUUUGAAGCAGUUUUAAAAUUUUUUACAGCUUUUUAAAUUAAUUUAUUUUAGUACAUUUGAUGUACACCUACUGCGAAAGAUAUUUAUCUUGAACAGUGUUGAGAAUUAGUAUUUUUUAAUGCAACAGUUAUAUACUUACAAACAUCCAUCGAGUCUUCUUGAGUUUUACUGAGACUUUCUAUGGAGUGUUGACAGCAUGACUGCAUAAUAUACGAAUAAGAGAAUUGCUUGGUAUUUCGUACACAUUGGAAGUUGAUUUCUAGUUUUCACACCUACCCGAACACUUGAACGUGCCCUUAAAAUUUUAUACUAGUAGUAGAAGUAAGAUAACUGAAAAAUUUAUUUUCUUCUCUCAUUCAUCAUUUAGAAUUCAACUCGCAGAGUGGCAUUGAGUGUAAUUUCGUUGAUUGCAGUUAUUUUAGCCCAACACAUUCAAAAUUUAGUUUAUUUAUCCAGCAAUGAAAAAAGGGUGCUUACUAGCAUCACGUGCAAUUUUAUAAACAAUUAUUGCAUUUCGGAAAUAUAUUGUAAAUUUAAUAAUGGGCUUCAUCUAUUCGCUUGAUCAACUACACGUACUUUUCACAAUCGAUGACUGCGCAACAGUACACCCCAAAGUUUAAACUCAUUUUAAUAUAUUAAAGACGAUAUCAGUAAUAGUGUUCGAUAAUAACCACAAACAAUGCCAAAUAAUUUUGGUUUUCAAGCACUCACUGUUACACUAUUAUUUCCGCCAGUGAUAUCCGCAGCUCAAUCUAAUUAGUUGUGUACUACGUAAUAUAAAUUUAAGACGUUUUGCGACCCUUGUUGACCUGUUAUUUUAUGAUCAAUUGUAGGAUCGCCUCAUAUCCUGUUUGAAUUUCGAUACACAGAGUGUAUUUACAUUUUAAAGAAUAGCUUAUAGUAAAAUUUUAUCCAAUAUACUAUAUAUAUAUACUAUUUUAAGCAUCCAAAUACAACAUCUCUCGAUUGAUGCUCGGAAAAAAUACAAUUAACACUUGGCGACAUGGAAAACUCAACCAGAUAUUUGUUAAAAAACCAAAUAUGUGUAGUCAUUUGAAAUAGAUAAAUUACACAGUCAUAAUUGUGAACAUGAGAUCUAACACAUAUUUAAUUCAUCUGUCACCAUUAUCCAUCAAUAUUGUUUGUAAUUCUAAUUAUCAGAUAAUCCUGAAAAUUUUUUAUUUCAUUUGUCAUAAAAAUAUUAGCCAUGAAUAGUACUUCGAUAAUCUAGUGAUAUAAAAUACAGCUGUACAUAAGAUUCACCAGGUGUUAAUUGCAGCUUCAGCGAGAUCAGCAUUCUAAAAUAUACGUAUUGGAAGCUCAGACAGAGAAUAUAUUUUUUCCGUAGUUCUAGCAUAUCUCGUAAAAUAAGAAAAAGUGAAUUCACGUGCCAAAGAAGCAACUAUGGUCGACGACACUUCUCUAUUAGCUCAACAGGUUCAAUUUAUUGUGUAAAAUUGGCUUCAUGCGUACUUGAAAAUAGUAUUUGUGUUUUUUUUUUUCACAGAAAAAACAGCAUAAUAUUUUUCCAACAAUAAAUUGAGUAAAUAACAAUUAACAAGUAAAUGUUUUUCAAGUGCGAUUCAUAAAUUAUUUCAUUAAAUCUAUUGAGUGAUAGUGAUGAAUUUAAGUGUUGGGACCAGAAUAGGUUGCAGUAUGUAUUAAUAGAAAAAUCUCUAAUAGAUAUCUUGUACUGUUUGUAAAUUAGCACCACCAUACAUAUAAAUAUCUAAGCAGUUAACUAGAUUGAAUGAUAUAACAACUACAAUGUGUAUGUAUAUAAAAAUAUAUAAGAAUGCUCGAGCAUCUUUAGCUACAUAAAUGUAUCUUGUUAAUUAUAUAUUCGUCAUUCAAAAUAGACAGAAAUUACUUGUAUUGGUGUUAGUAAGGGAUGGGCCAAGUGUUCAUGCAAUUAUACUAAUCCUAAGUGUGUACAAACCUGAUAGGGUAAAUUCAUUUAAACUCUAAUGGCGUUAAGGCAAUAUCUUCUAUAGCAACAGAAGUGAUGUACAAAGUUCGAUAAUACAGAUCCAAAGAUAUUCAAAGCAGCACUCUUUGCACGUGUGAUUAAAGAAGAACAUUUUAGUUUUACUGUAUAGAGAAAUAGAACGUAACGGGAAAAACAUGCUUAAGAUUAGUCAUUAUUUAAAAGUGUAUCAGCCGACCCUUAGAAUUCUCUGUAGCAAAAUGAAGAACAUUGAAAUUCAUUUUGGUUUCGAAUCCUGUGAUAAUGAAACUUCGUGUUCAUAUACUAAAAACUUUUUGGCAAUUGAAAAUAUCAUCAUCUAGAAGCGUCUGUCUAGUAUAUUUUUUGUUUUAACAGAUCAAUUUUAUUCUUAGAAAUCAUAUCUCAGUGAUAUUUUCUUUUCAUUUCACAAAUAUAACACAAAAGUUGAUCAUUACAUGACAGAUGCAUUCGGCAUUAUAAGAAUUCAAUGGCAUACCAUUGAUUCAUGUCACUUUUUGUUUUAAAACUCGGACAUUAUCCAAAACAAAAUCAGCAAUCGAAUAAAUUAGGUCUGCUCAAUGUGAAUGAAUAGUUUUAUCGUUAGUUAGGGAUAAAUGAUAAAUAAUAAUCUGUUUUCAAUCGAUAUUUAUUUUCUUCGAUAGAAGAAGACAUGUUGAACAAUCUCGUACUAUCACUGAUACUCAGGCAUACUUAUGAACGAUAAGUAUGUUGAUAUUACACAGUUUUACGUGUGUUACAUGUUUUUCGUUUCAUGUGCCUGUAACCUAUUAAUAUUUCAAUUCUAAUGAACUUACUUUCAUGUAUGAUAGCAAAAACGUGUAAUUGUGACAUGUAUAGUCAAAAGUUAAAUACUUUAAAUCAAUGCAAUUAAUGGAUUCAGUGUAAAUUUUUCAUUCAAUUAAAAUCAUGUUUCUGUGCACUCGAUGUAUGUACAUGUAUGUAUCUCAUUUUAAAAUCAAAAGUGCAACACGAAUCCGCUCACAAUUUCCUCUCCAUAGUCCC